GUACCCAUUUUUUGCUAAGGUUUGGGUCUUGAAGAAAACUGUGGAACUUCAUGUCUUUGCAAGGAUUCCGUGUAGAUUGGUUGUCGGAAUUACAACCUACAACAGCACACCGCAUUUUUAUCAAUUUACUACCAUCACAGGGCAUAUAGAGUAUGUAUAACUAAUUUAACAAGUCACAAAACCACCAAAAAACACCAUCAAAUCGCACUAUAUAAUAUUAACCACGGUACACGUGAACUGCACGUUACGACAAUCCUGCCGCUGGUAACCACGAGACGAUAACUCUCCAGGUGACGUCACGAAGCUCCGUCCACAUGCGCAAUAUCCUAUCUUCAGUGUAUGUGUAUCGUGAGAUGAAAUCACAGAUGUGGAAUGAAUCACUUUAUUGACGUUUCAGCAACCAGCAGGAAUAGUAGUUGAUUAUUGAUGUUUAAGACAAAAGCCUUAUUUAUUGGCCAAACAAAGAGCGUGAGAUAGGCAGCCACUGUCUAUUGUUGAUUUUAUUUGCUAUUUAGUACUGUAGGUUGUGAACUUUAAUUCAUCUUUUUUGCAGAUAAUUUUAUGUCUGUGAAACAAUUAAAUAUUUCUCACAUGCACACGUACAUUGCAAAAUUAAGAAAUUAGAGUCUAUUAUUGAGUUCCAAAUAUUGCGUUUUUCAACUUUUACUAUAUUAUUAAGUUUGGUCUGCUUUGGUUAUGCCAAUAUAUGGAAUCACAUGAUGAACUGAGUAUUUUAUUUUCUGCUGCUAUUGGUAUUUAUUUUUCAACUUCGAUCUUUUCUUUCAUUCUUUAUUUUUUACUGCCAGACUGACUUGGUAGCUGAAACUUCAUUUAUUAGCCAAUUAAGAGAAAUAUAGCAGAAGUUAUUGUGUUUAUUAAGUUUGAUCUUUUUAUUUGCUAGUGCGUAAUCUAUUUGUUAUACUUAUAAAUCGUUAUACAAUGACUUGAAGUAUUGUGCCAAGUACAGUAGAUAAUGCAGCAUCACAUUUACAAAUCUUGUUUCUAAUUCCAAAAAUGUGCAUAGCUUCAUUUAUUGAAGCUAAAGUAGAUGUAUGUAUAGUAAUUUUCAAUUUGAACUAAAAGCAUUCAAAUUAUUCAUCCAAAUCGUAUAUGAUGAUAUUGAAUUCUUUAGUGUAGCAACUACAAACAUGUGCUUUGCUAUGUUAGUAUUUUCAGGAGAAAGGUCAAAGGAUCAGAGCCAGAUUAAAUGUCAGUUUUCAUCCAAACGAAUGUAGACCUAACUAUAUUGGCCAAAUACAUAAGUGCAAUGAUUCCUGAAAGUAUAUUUCAGAUGUUUUUGAGCCUGAGUGUAAAUUUACCAACGUUCUCUUUUAACUUGUUUCAGGGCAUCCAGAAAUCAAAUGUAGAUAGCGCGUUUAAGCCAUUAGUGAAAUACAUACAUCUAUUUCCCACAUUUUUGGAACUAGAACUGGGAUACGCGCCAUCUACGCAAGAAAUGGACAUUUUGUUUAACUGUGGCGUCCCCACACAUUUUUGUUACCCGCAAUAUUAUUCCAUCGACCGUACGGAUGAAAAACAAAAUAUAAUGGAAACGAUAGAAUUUUACGAAAAGAAGUUGAAACGAGGCGUAAAGAGCACUUAUAUCGAUAUGUGUUGUCGCGAAACGAAAGACUUGGACUUGGCUUUCUUCGGAGAACUUCAGGGUGAAAUAGCAGACUUUAUCAAAAACAGUGAUAUGAAUAGUGAGGUUACAGAAGAUGAGGGUUCGGAAGAUAUUUCGAAAAUGUACAAGGAGCUGGAGGACUUGAAGAGAGAAACUGCAGAAAAAGUACAGCAAGAUCUGGCACUUGCUGAGGAUAUCAUGAGGGAGUUAGAUAUUAUAAAAUGUGAGGCAGAAGAGGAUGGCGCUGGACCGUUGGUUUGUGAAUCUGAGGAGAUUGAGGAAGAGAGUUCUGAAUCGACAGUGAAUAGUGCAGAAUUAACAGGCAGUCGUCCCGAGGACCAAGAAGUUUCCGAAAAAACGAAAUUCACGGAUUCGGAGGUAGUUAGUUUACCUGGCGUAGAAGAGGACAUACGGAAUGUUGAUGAAGUGCAUAGUAUUACUGGUAGUAACAGCACAAAUCCGUUUUUAUCUGGUAUGCAUGAAGAAUCUGAAGAAGACAGUGGGCCGAUGGUGCUGAAUCCGAAUAACCCGUUCUUGUCGUACAUAACAGGUUCUCGACCAUCAUCUAAUAAUAGUAGUGAGUCUACCUCUUAUGAAAGUUGCGUUGAGGAAGUUACGGUUGAACAAACAUGGAUGGAUGAAAACAAAGAGGUCACUAUUGAACAGCGGUGGUUGAGCAGUGAUAACGAUGUUGUGCGAUUGGUGGAAUCUGUUUCAAUAACCAAUGCUACGGAUACUUCACAGGCGUCGACGGCAACACCGGAAAAAAGUUGUGGUUGUGCCAUCCAGACAAGCGAGAACGCAACUGGGCCUCUCAUUCCGCAUCAGGGUCCUCCCAUCCCUCCCAGUUUACCUUAUGGGGGUUACCAGCCACCCCAACAUUAUUAUCAACCUUGGUCGACUGCUUCAGAUUGUGCUCCAUUUGGGUACGGUCCCCGCUGUCCAGCACCAAGCUACGGUUAUCCUGACUAUAAUCCUAUGCAACCUUGGAUGAUGCAAAUGCUAUGGAGCAGGAUGCAGUUCAGAUCACAAUACAACCCGGGCAUGGGCCCAGCGUAUCACCAACAAGCUCCAUAUCAUCCGCAAGGAUCAUACCAGCAACAGUACCCGCCUAAAGCCUCCCUCCGACCUCCUCCAGGGUUUUAUCCGCCCCUACCUCUCCCAAGUAGACCACCUUCCGUGGAUACCUCAACGCCGACAACUACACCGUGUCCACCACCUUCAGCGCCCUCAAAAGCGAUCGACUUUUACGAAGCUUACAAUCAAAGGUUAAUGCAACAGUUGCACGAUAAUUAAAAUGGGCCUGAGGAGCUGUGACAGGACAUUCUAUUCAGAUCCAUUUUAUUCCUCGUCAGAGCAAACACUAACGCGUUAUCGAUAAGAGAGUAGAAUAGGGUUUUCUUUUGGCGAAACUGGUGUUGCACUGUUAUGUUUAUGUUCUUUUGGUGCGUGCUUUGAAUUAGUUAACACAUUGACUGCGAACUGGGAUGAGGAUACCCACCUCAGAAACUGAAAUACUUUUUUCCUUUUUUUGGAAGCCGGCAGAGAGCGUCGAAAGACGCCGUUCGCCUCCCACCACAGGAGCGGAGGGCGUCUUUUGACGCUGUUCGCACUGAACGUGUUAAUGCAAAAUAUCGCACGAACUGGACGAGCUCGUUCUAGUGUAGUCAACUGGCAACAGUGUCUCAUUUCACAGCUUUGCGAGCAACCAUGCUUUGCAGCCACCUUUCUCGUGUUUUUUUCUCAUUGAGCGUGCACACCACGAAAAACUAUGGCCAAUGCUGCUCGUGCUGUAAAAUGACCUCAAAUUUGACGCCUGGAAUACCAGUGGUGCUUUGACAGCGCUGCCAUGUUGUAGGUUUUUUCCUCAGUCGUGGGGAAUUUUUUGAGGAUAUAAUGUUCUGGGGGAGAUCACUCGUUUCGCGCAUAGAAAGCAUCCCCCCACUCUUUGAAGCAAAACUACCCCUUUCCAUAAUUAACUGUGAUUAGUGGAUUUUUUUGGGGGGAAAAUGUGUCUAACACAUUUGGCGACGCUGUGCUUUGACAGAUCCGCCAUAUGAACACUUUUCUCCUUUUGUAUAUUCUGCAUAGUUUUUUCAUCUCUUGUAUCGUCGAUAUCGAUAAAUAUCGAUAUUUUUAGUUGUCGAUAUAUCGAUAUUUAUCGGUUUUCCGAUAUAUCGUUGCAUCCCUAGUCCGGCCACUUGAACCUACCUGCAUGUAUCUGUUUUUUACACCUAAUUUUGAUGAAUGAUAAAUAAUACUAGAGCAUAUUACAGGAGCAUUGCCUCUGCCAGGUAAUCUAUUCUACUAUUAUUUAUCAUUAAAGUUUUAUCAAAAAACAGAAAGACUCUUAGGAAAGUGUCUGUCAAAGCAUAGCAUUGCCAAAAGGGUUGGACAGAAUUUUUGAAUCUGUCAGAAUUGCUAAUUUUCAAAAAAAAAAAUACCCAAAUCAAAGAUAAUUGAUGGAAAGGGGUAUGUUUGGUUCAAAGAGCGCAGGAGUGCUUUCCAUCUGCGAAACGUGUGAUUUAAACCAGAACAUUAUAUCCCCAAAAGAUUGUGGAAAUCCUCCAAAUUUGGGGAAGAUCCCCCAACAUGGCAACCCUGUCAAAGCACCACUGGUGCUCCAGGCGUCAUGUUUCGCGGUCGUUUUUAUAGCACGGACAGUAUUGCCGUAGUUUCUCCUGGUAUAUCGGCUUCACGGACAAGAAAUUAAAGAACACUUUUCAUUGGGAGAUGACGGCACGAGACAGGAAAUGAUAACGUUCUAUGUCCUCUUCGGGACAAAUUUAGGAUAAACUGGGCAGAGAGUUUCAAACGAGGAAAGAGCACCAGCUUUAUCAGAAGAAAAGGUUAGAAGUAUUUGCAAGUUCAAGGAUCUAGUGUUCACGUGGGGAUAAAUCAGAUUUGAAUUGAGUUUAUGUACGUUGUAUGGUUGAAGCUUAGGUCAAAAGUGAUGGGGCAAUCAGACAGAUAGUUUAUUCAAACAAUAAAAUUAAAGUUAAUUUAUUUGACGUUUGGUUGCCGCAUGAUAAAAUUUUUCUUGAAAUGAAGAAAGCCGUGUUCCUUACUGACAUGCUAAUAUUUAAGGAGGUGGUUCUUGGAACAAAAUCAUAUGAAUAUAUGUCCUAAAUGUCUUAACCUUCGAUAUACAGACUUUAUUCCGAAAACUUUACCGCCCUAUUUCUCAAAGGUCAAGACGUUUAGGACAUACGGUCAUGUGAAUUUUUUUCUUAAAAGGGGCCCACGACUCAUUUUCUUAAAUAUUAGCAUGCGAUUAAGGAACUACCUGUAUUUAAAAAAAUAUUUCGAUCGUGUUUUAAUAUGGACGAGUAGGUUAACGAAGGUUAAUUCUGAAAAAGAUUGUCACUUUAUAUAUUUGCCCUAAUGCUUUUGAUCAAGGCUGCAUCUAAAGUACUAAUCGCAGUUUGACGAUAUGUGCAUUAUUUUGUACAAUGACUUAUAGAGAUCUCCCUGUUGUGAUGGAAUGAAUUAUGUGUCUUAAUGCAAUCUUCUGUAGCUCUGUUUUGCAUAGAAGCAAAAUUUGUAUUUUUAUACAUUAUAAAUGUGAGUUUCCAUGCUUGUUUAUAGUAUAAAAAUUGUUUUCUUUAUGGUUCGUUAAAAAAAGUUAAUUUGCGCCUAUUUUGUAUAUUAUUACUGAAAACUGCUAGUUAUUUAUUUUAGAUCUGUAUGUUCCGCAUCGGUACAUUAUUUUAAGCGUUGAUUUCUUUU